AGCGAAACGGUCUACUUUGAGUUUUACUCGCAUUCAUCUCCUAGCCAAGUUCAAUUAAACCUUUCGGCCGGCACACUCACUCACUCAUUCAAACGCAUCGAUUUUAGGAUUUUUAGGAAUCCAUAUCUCCCCAAUCAGACUAGAAAAGCCACUGGUUCCUGUUCAGAAAUCUGAUGAAAUAAAACAAAUAAUUCACGACCGUUUUUACCCUUUGGAGUACUACAAACAAAUAGGAGUGCCGUUAGUGCUCAGAAUACAGAUAAAUACAUAGGAAUACCGUUUUUACGGUUUAGAAUACAGACAAAUCGGAAUACCAUUUCCACCAUUGCAGCAAGAAUGACUCUCUUAGGAGCUCGUAAGAAAACUGCAUUGUUGGGGCUUCAGCUGUUCGCCACAUCCUGCAUGGCGACGACGAUGUUAAAGCGUAAGACGGGAGAGGAGACCUGUGGUGACCUCUUCAAAAAGGUUGUUAUGGCCGCGAAUAUUAAGUGAUGCUAAAUAAUCUAGAUGAUACAUUAUAGAUGCCCUUUCCCGGGCUAGUAAUCUUUGUAAUAGACCACAGACAUCUUUCAUCUUUGCAACCUCACAGCAUUUCUUGAAGUAUUUCUUGAACUUCUAAGGUCUGCAUCCAUAUUUCCAAUUCUGAAAGAACCGUACGUACCUGUUCGUUCCCGUACUUGUUCAAUCUUCGUUCUUUUUCACUCACAUUUUUCCUCCAGAAGACGUACUUACAUAAAAAUGCACUAUCCUAUCUACUCCUAAUCUCCAUGCAGUUGUCAGUCCACUCCCAAUCUCAACUCAGUCGUUACUCAAAAAUGAGCUAUCCUAUCCUAUUCGAUCCUAUCCUAUCAUAUCCUAUCUGAGUCUGUCCUAUGCUAUCCUAUUCGGUCCUAUCCUAUUCGAUUGCGAUCCUAUUCGAUUUCGAUCCUAUUCGAUUUCGAUCCUAUUCGAUUUCGAUCCUAUCCUAUCCUAUGCUAUUCGAUCCUACCCUAUCCUAUCCUAUUCGAUUCGAGUCUAUCCUAUGUUAUCCUAUUCGGUCCUAUCCUAUCCUAUGCUAUUCGAUCCUACCCUAUCCUAUCCUAUUCGAUUCGAGUCUAUCCUAUGUUAUCCUAUUCGAUCCUAUCCUAUCCUAUGCUAUUCGAUCCUACCCUAUCCUAUCCUAUUCGAUUCGAGUCUAUCCUAUGUUAUCCUAUUCGAUCCUAUCCUAUCCUAUGCUAUUCGAUCCUAUCUUUUCCUAUCCUAUCCUAUCCUACUGUUUGUGAACACUAGGACUGCUUAUUUUCACCCUUAUGGUGAUGCGUUUUUUAUAUAAUUCCCGGCCUGUUUCAGUUGUGCAAAUUGUGAAGGUUUUGCAUGAUUCUCAUGCGGUUGCAAAGUUGUCAAAUGUGUGGACCUUCUUGUUCAUAAGUAUCACGAUAAGGAUCCACAUCAUUAGCAUGGUACUCCAGUGGUGUGAUCUUUGUCACUAUGGGACUGCAAUGAUUUCCAUCAUGUUCAUGCUGUUGAUGAUCUUCAUACUCAUGAAAGUACUAGGAUCAUCGUGCUCAUCUUCUUCAUCUUCUUAUUUCUAUCAUUUGCAGAACAGGGGAACUGGAUCAUAUCCCUCCUUAAUCUAUACUCCAUCCCAUGAAUGACGUGUAGACUACAAUAAUAAUAGUGGUUGCAAGUUCGACUGUAUUCCAGCGAAUGAAUACAAUACGGAAAAAACAUGAUGCAUGUUAUGAUCGAAGAUGGAUGAUAUUUGUUGCACAAUAUUAGAAACAUAGGCUAUUUCUACGUAGCCGAGUAUAAGACUUAGAGCUCUUCUCCGAAGUCUUCUUCAGCAACAUUCUCAGUGUUGUUUUGUUCUUCUCCGUUUUCCUCAGGGGCAGCGGCUGCUUCCGCCGGUGCUGCCUCUGCUGGUGCUGCUUCUUCCUUUUUUCUGGCUUUCUUCAGCGGCGGCCCUUUUGCUCCACCGUCUUCUUGUUUACCUUUCCCCUUUUUGCCUUUGCUUUUGUCUCCUUUGUGCGGCUGCUGCUCCGCUUGCUUCCCCUUUCCUUUGUGGUAGCUGCUGCUGUUCUUCGUCGCCGAACUACUGCGACUACUGGAACUACUAGAAGAAGAAGGAGUUUGCUUCGCAGGUGCCAUUUUGUGGGACACCCGUGUCGACGUUGGACAGGCUUGAACGAGGUUGAUUGUAUUCUCCAUAACUCCCAUGGAUCCAACGGCUUCCAGGUUACUCACCGUCUCCCGAGCGUAAAUUAAACGGAGAAUGCAAUUGUGGAAGAAUGCGCUUCCUUCUUUCCUCAUUUUCCUUGCCAGGUCCCAAUACUCAGUCUGCAGAGCAAGACCCAUAUCCGAGCACUGUCGACUGUAGUGAGAAUUCAUGUUCGGGCCGUGGUUGAUUAUCCACUCCUUCCAAACAUUCUCCUCUUGGACAAGCAUGCACGAUAAGCAUAGUUGGAAUGCUUUUGCGUAGUCGCCGUCCGACCUACAUCCUUUCAAAGUUGCGACGUGUCGCUCAGUGAUCUCGUAGAAGAUGUGACUCUUUACUCCGAGAUCAGCUGGAAAAGCAGGCGAAGGGGGUCUUGUAGCAAGUGACACCUCGUUACCUCGGAUUGCUGACAUCAAAGAUUGACGCCAAGCUUCCGUCCCUUGUAGUCGUUGAGGCUCCUUCGGAACGAUUACUCUCGCGAAGCCCGACAUUUUGUUUUUGUUUUGGGUAGUUGUAAUCUUAAUCUAUAUUGUUAGAUAAUUACAAAAUACAGCGGUAAACUAUUGAAGAAAUACUAUACGCGCACUAAAUAUUUAUGACUAGAACCCAGCUAGAAAUCGACGAAAAACAAAUUUCGAAACAGUAAACAAGAAUAUGCAUGAAAAUCCGAUAACGUUUAACGAACUUAACAGAUGCAAGCAUCAAUACACACGAGAUCCGACAACGAACCUCGAUGAGUAGAAAAAAAAUUAAGUUUACUUUUUGGGUUUUGUUCCUGCGAUUUUAUGGCAUAGACUCACAAAUGUCGGCUUAUUAAGUGCCUUUGUGAAGAUGUCUGCCUUUUGCUCGUCAGUGGGACAGAAGUGUAGAUCUAAUUUCCCUUCUCCGACAACUUGGCGGAUCCAGAGUAAUUUAAGAUCCAUAUGCUUGACCCGACGAACUUCUGGCGAUUCGCCGACCGCUUUCGCGCUUCGGUUAUCGAUCAUUAAAGGAAUUGGAGCUAGAGACUUUUUCAAACGGCCAUGUGGAUCCGUCGAUUUUGAUUGUCGGCUAUUGCCUAGAUUUUCAAGAGAUUCUUGAAGUAGUCUCCGGAGGUAAACUGCCUCCCGCGCGAUUUCAGUCGCGGCUAUAAGCUCCGCUUCUGUCGUUGAUAGUGCUACGACAGGCUGCUUUUUACUUCGCCACGCGAUAGGCGUGCAUUUGGUUUGGCCUAAUUCGACGAGACCUCCACUGACCGAUCUACGGGUCUUUUUACAUGUUCCCCAGUCAGCAUCUGACCAGGCUUUUGGAGUUAAGUCACCGUCGCGGCCAUCAAUGUCUAAGGCGAAGCUCCGCGUCUUGCGAAGAUAUCCUAAUAAUCGAUCACACACUCGCAGGGCCACUGGCGUGGGCUCCUCUAGACAUGUGGAUAGGUAUUGAACGACAUACGCAAUGUCAUACCGUGUUGAUGUACAUAGGUACAUGACCGCACCGACAAACUUCCGGUAGGUCGAUUUUUGUACGCGUGUAGCGAUUUUCGGGCGAGAUUUCUCAGAAAGCUCUUUUUCGAAACGAUCUAUCUCCGCCCGUGUUGUUGGAGUAUCGCACUCUUUCAGAGUUUUAUCUGGGUCAAAGUCCUGCAGAAUCUUAUCGACCAGAUUUUCUUGACUCAAGGCCAGUCUGCGUCUCUUCUUGAGAACGUUGAUGCCUAGAAACUUAUACAGUAGUCCGCCGUCCUCGAGCUUUUGCGGUUCACACGUAUUGUGCUCGAACCUGUCGAGGAUCGAGCCUCGAACCGCGGCUAUGUCCUCUUUCCGACCUAGAAAGACUAUGUCAUCCACGUAUGCGAGCAUGCACACACGGCGCUCGCCGUGAAAAAACAUGGACGGUUCGUUUAAGCUUUGUUUCCAACCGGAGCUGGUGGCGUGUCUUGCGAACGUCUUAGCCCAGAGAGCUGGAGCACUUUUCAAUCCAUACAGGGCUUUCUUGAGUUUCCAUCGGACAUUCUCCUUUCCUUUGCGCCAUUCGGGGGGUGGUAUGCAGUAGACGUCCUCGCCGACUAUGUCUGCAUAUAGGAAAGCUGUCUUGACAUCAUAUUGCUCGAGAUCAAAGUCUAGCGCCUUGGCUAUCUUGAACAUGAGCCGAAUAUUUGGGAUCCGAGGGACGGGCGAGUAGAUGCUCUCUUGGUAUUCUACUCGGUUUCCGAGCACGACGGCGCGACAUUUGAGUCGCCCACACUCUUUGACAUUGUAUAGUACUCGUAUCGGCACAGCCUUCGCUCCUGGGGGCAGGUCGCUGACCGAUAUUUCAUCGAAUACGUCUCGUCCCUUGAUCGAGUUUAGCUCUGACGCCAGCGCGGCGGCCCAGCCUCCUGGAUCCUCUGCGAGUGCCUGUUUUCGCGUCAAGGUCCUUAGCAGGAGGACAUACUCAUCGUGGGUCAGAGCGUCCGUAGUGUCGCCAAUCUCGAUUUCUGAUUGAUUCUCGAUGAUGUUGGCUAUUAAGUCGACAUUCUGAGGGGACAGGUCCUCGAUGAAUGUGACUGCCGCAGUGUGUCCACUGGGAAGCAAGGUCUCUUCUUCCUUGUGCUUACUGCGUCUCUCCAGUUCUCGCUGCAGGUUAAGGUGUACAGGCCGACUCUCUAAGCCCAUUUCCUCACGGAGCGCUUCCGCGAGUGCCACUGAUCUAUGGCGACCUUUCGAGCACUGGAGCGCGAGCUUUCCGCUCUUUUUGAGAAGUUUGGUCGCAUCGCUGAGGAAUUGCGAGUAGUUCUCAUGUGUCUUGAUACCGUCAGACACUUCAGCACAGAGGCCUGUGCUGUUUGGAAUGUACCUAGCUGGAUCAGCUGGAAAAUAUUUAUUGACUCGGAGAACAGCCGCGCCGAGGCGCUUGAGCUUGGCGGGGGUUUUGUCUCCACAGCUGAAGAGUUGAUACCGACUCAGAUUCUUUGGGACUUGGAGCUUCUCCAACAUAUCACGCGUGAGACGGACUACGGACCCCGACUGUGCGGCGUCAGCCUUUUCUGGUUGUCCACUGUCUCCACUUUUGUCCGGUUUCGCUUCGGGAGCGAUGGACGGGCGGGAUGAAUCCCCCCUGUAUGUUGGCUCCGCGCCAAAGUCUACUUCCCUGGUCCUGAUGACCUUUUUCUUCUGCUCGUCCCAGACUAAAUAGUCUGGCGAUAGGUGCGAGUAUCCUACAAAAAUACCCGGAAGAUACGCGCGCUCCAUCUUCGUUUUCACGAAGUUUUUGUAUCGGCAAGGCGUCCCGAAGGUCCGCAUAUGCUGCGCGCCGGGCUUAACCCCGUUACGCUUUUCGUAGGAGCUCACGCUCCCGAGUAUCGCGCGUGGCGACCUGUUUAAUGCUUAGCAGAAUGCCUGUGCUGCGAAACCCCAAUAGGUGUCCGGGAGUCGCGCUGUAUCUAGGAGACACUUCAUCCCCUGCAUGACGAGACGACUAUGAACUUCCGCGCUACCAUUUUGCGCCGGUGAGUACGGUGAUGUCUUGCGCGGCCUGAUGCCGUGCUUUCUCAACAGUUUGAGGAAGUCGCCGUCGAAUUCUUUUCCGUUGUCCGAGCGGCAGACUUUCGGCACUCCAAACAUGUCCAUCCAUUUCUGGAGUCCGGUGUGUGCGUCGCUUUUGCGCGCAAUUGGGAAGACUUCUACCCACGAGUCAUAUCUAUCCACGAUGAUGGCCCAGUAGCGGUUGCCGCCUAUCGAUUCAGGUAGCGGCCCGCAGAGGUCCACGCUGAUUGUGUGCCCAGCUUCGGUCGGGAGGAGUCGUUCGUGCGUUUCUUUGCUGAACGGUUUCCGGCGAGCCUUAUUCAGUCGGCAAGCCUCACAGGACGGCAUGUAGGUUGAAUGCCCCAUCCUGUUGUGGAUGACCUCUUGGGUCACGUUGAGCUCUCCCGAGUCCAGGUCAGGCCUGUAGCUGAGGCGGAGGAAGUAUAGUCCUCCCCUCUUUGUGAUUGGGAUCAGCGUCCCGCUAGGUGUUCGCAGUCCGUCGAAAUUUUCUGUGACGGUAAAACCUGCGUCCAAGAGCAUUCUGAGACUGGCGAUAUUUCGCGCCAUUUUCGGAUUAUAGUACGCACGGCGAAGGGCCAACUUAUGCCCGUUGUCUGCCGUUAGUGUCCGUAGUGAUGCCAUGUAGCCGCCAUUAACAUGCGAUCCAUCCGCUUGUUGGAUUUUCCCGCCGUCUUUGGUCGGAGCACGGAUCAUGUUGGAGUCUUUGACACAAAAUAUUGUGGCUCCACUGGACUGUCUAAGAUCCACUCAGUUUCGAUCUCAUCGCUGACAGUGUGCAGAAGGAUGCUUUCGAAUUCUUGAACCGUGCGCAUGCUCGCCUGAUCCAAGGGCUGCCGAGUUCCUUCUUUCUGUCCCGUCGCGGACUGAUGCUGCGACGUGUCGAGAAGUUGUUUUUGGUCGCCCUCGCUGACGACUGGCUCGCAGAUGGGACACCCAUCCUUUUGCGAGUCUUGCCUGCACGCACACGACGGAGGUUGCCGCGGCGCCAGACUGUCUUUGUCAAUAGCAUUGACGAGAUCAUCUCCUUUCUCACGAAGGAAAUCGAUCCUGUGUACACUUCGUUCCUUUGCUCCAUGCAUCCCAUGGAGGCUUUCUGAUCCAGGUGGACGCCACCCGCCACUGGAUCUUCUUACCUUGGGCACGGGGACCGAGUACGAUACUAAUCCCGUCCCAAGGUUUUCCAUCCUUCUCUUUUGAGAUUCGCUGUUGAGUCACAACGGCGGCACAGCGCCGCCGAGCACUGUGAUGUGCGAGGCGAUGCCGUCCCUCUUCUUGCCUGACCCGGAUGGAUUGGUAGUCAUGCCCUUAGGCUGAUCCUUGUUUUGCGAUCCUCCAUAUUUUCCUCCUUUACCUUUUCCUUUGCCCUUACCUUUACCUUUACCUUUUCCACUGACCUCUGUCUUCUUUUGAGCCUGCCUGGAGAGUAUCUUCUUUGCCUGUUCGGAGAUUGGUUUGGUGCAUUGCCACAUCGUGUGCGCCGAAGAGCCACAGUUGUAGCACGUGCCAGCUUUGUGCUGUUUGAAUGUUGCAGGUGGGUCCGUGACUUGAAAGACUUCCUCAGCGCCCGGCGUGCGUGUAGCAGCGCGCCCGUCCAAGUUGACUUUGUUAUGCAAGGAGUAUUUUGUUUCCUUGACAACAUUCUCCAACUCGAAGUCGCCUCUGAGGUCUCUUUGGAUUCCCUGCAUUUCUUGCGAAGGGAUGUCACUCCCGAUGCCUUUGAGGUAGCACAUUCCUGCAACCUGCUCCAUCGUCAUGCCCUUGACUUUGGCAUAUAUGAUGCGGAAAUCUCGCUCCGCGCUGACAACGUUUUUUGAGGAUGCUUGGAACUCGAUGAGCUGCCAAAAGUCAUCCCAGAUUUUCUGCUGUUGACGGGGAUUUAUCCACCGCUCUAGUUCUUCCAGCAGUUCCUCGACGGUUGCGAAGGUUUUCGUCGCAAGGUGGUCGGCGCAUUCUUGUCCGAUCUUGAUGGACUGUUCGACGCGAUAGACGAGAUCAUCCAAAUCGAGAUGACGCUCAUACGUCGCGCGAAACUUUGCGAGCUUCUUGAGCCACAUAUCGUGCUCCUCAAUCUUUUUGAGUGGCACUAUGUUUUGCUCGACCUUUAUCCUGCGGCGCGACUCCACCGUUUUCCACGGUGUUUUGUCUUCAUCCUCCUCCGCCGGUGGAGGGGUUUCCUCACCCGUUUGCGAGGGGUCCUCCUCUUCGUCCGAUUUGGCGAAGUCCGUAUGGUUGUCGAUUAGGCUACUGUAGAUUUCACCGACUUCGUUGUCCUCUUUGAGAGUAUUUAUCUCCUGGAGGCAAGCAUCAAUUUGCGAUUUCAGAACUCGCUCUUCCCAGAGUGGGUCUCCCUCUUUCAGAGGUUUAGCACCCUCAGGCCAGUCUUCCCUCUUGAUUUUGCAGUAGACGAAUCUGCCGCCGCCGUGUGCUUCCGAGGGGUAGCAGUCUACUUCGGCAUCUUCGUAGUCAGGUGAGCCGUCGACGUUGAUGACGCCGCGCCUGUACUUGAUGCUGCCUUUUCUUUCGGCAUUGUAGUAUUCUGGCUCAAUGUAGACAAACGCCAUUCCACUGAUGACAUACUGCUCCAAGCGCUUCACGCGCGCAGCGUAAAUUUUCAUGGCUGGGGCCAUUUUAUUUCAGUGGGGUGGGAUCCUGAUCACCACCGAAGCACCCGAGAUAUCGCGCCUUGGCAAAUUGCCGCUAGCUUUCCCACUGUGCAAGCCUCUUUAUGGGGAGACUUUGCACGGGAUCCGACUCACGUCAAAGGUCAAAUAACAAAAUCUGCCGAAAAAAGACAAGGUGUUAGAUGGACGCGCAGCCGUGUGUCGCGAUAUCGCCCCUUCCGGGGUUUCGGGCGCACGAACUUCUCCGCCAAACGAAGAAGGACGCGUCUUUUUGUGGGGUUGCGGUCGCCUGGGCGAGCGCAGGUUUUUACUUUUGAAGCAGUCGCGUUUCGCGAAAGCUUGUUUUUCUCUUUCUUAGGUGCCGUCGGACUCAGUCCGAGGGUCUUUAGGUGGGCCGUGGCGACGGCUUUGCCCUGUCUCCGGUCGUGCCGUGAGACUUUUUCUUUCUUGUAUAGCUGAGGUCGUAACCAAAGCUAAUCUGAAUUACUGUCGAGGAGCCACACCCGAACAGCUACAGACUUUUGUUUAUGGCUGCUGCCGACUAAGUCGGGAGCUUGGUGCCUUUUCUGUUUUGUUUUAGUUGCCCCGCCACUGGGCUAAAGUUGGUUUAUUUUUGUGAAGCAGAUGCUGAGUCUGCUCUAGGGUCGACGGGAUCGUUUUCGACGUAUCGAAGAACAAUGCCGCCUGGAGAAACGCGUGGGGCCAAAAUCCGACUGAAUCGGGACUACCACUGCGUACAGGAACGAAAACGCCAAAUUUUUCUAACCUAAAAAACCAAAAAAAUACUAGACCAAAAAAGUCAAAAACUUGGUGGGUUCUAAGUCAAAAAAAAUUAUUCUAGUGCGCGUAUAAAAGGCUAAUAACUCACUGUUUGUGAACACUAGGACUGCUUAUUUUCACCCUUAUGGUGAUGCGUUUCUUAUAUAAUUCCCGGCCUGUUUCAGUUGUGCAAAUUGUGAAAGAAGGUUUUGCAUGAUUCUCAUGCGGUUGCAAAGUUGUCAAAUGUGUGGACCUUCUUGUUCAUAAGUAUCACGAUAAGGAUCCACAUCAUUAGCAUGGUACUCCAGUGGUGUGAUCUUUGUCACUAUGGGAUUGCAAUGAUUUCCAUCAUGUUCAUGCUGUUGAUGAUCUUCAUAUUCAUGAAAGUACUAGGAUCAUCGUGCUCAUCUUCUUCAUCUUCUUAUUUCUAUCAUUUGCAGAACAGGGGAACUGGAUCACCUACAAAAAGAGGUGGCUCUAAGCUCAGUGCAGUUGUCAAUAAAUUAAAAGCUGGGGCUGCGAGUGGAGGAACGGACUCGGAUAAAAAGAAAAUCCAGAUUUUCUUGCGAAACUUUGCACGCGAGCCACCGACUGCUGACAUGAACCAGCUUCCAUUGACGUUCGAACAUUAAGGCUUUUGUUUACCUUCACUAUUUGAUUUACUAUAUUAUAAGAAUCAAUAAGUUACCCUUUUCUCUUCUAUAUCUUCCUCUGGUCUGUCUUUUUUCUAGUUAGGUCGGCUCCACCACAUAUAUUAUAAGAACAGAAAGCUGUCUUUUAAUUAUGCUGAUCGAUGUUCUUGAGUAGAGUUGGUGCCUGCGAUGCUCUAUGUGCAGGAUCCAUAUCCUAAGCAAACGAAGCCUGACCUAACCUAACCCAGCCAUAUAAGAAACAUGAGCAUCCAGGAACAAGUAGAACAAGCGCUUCUCGCAGAUUUUACUGUUUGUCUGCAUGACAGUUAGAAAGAUCAUGAGGAUCUUGUUCAGCAUGUUCGUCACAUUCUGGUGUGAAGCAUUCAAAUCCAAACAAGACUUUUGUAGGCUCUUAGUCCUUAACUUGGCUUCUUAGUCCUUAACAAGUCUUUUCUUUGUAGCAACAUCCAACAUGAUUGAUGACGUUUUGCCUGCUACUUUUACCGCUGCGCCUGCUUACCCUUUUUCAGUGUUGGCCCGGGCUCUCCUUCGUGGCCUCUGUUUCACCAUGACGGCACUGGCAAACGCACCCGGGCCGCGGCCGCGCCUUUUGUUAGGACUCUCCUGCUUUUGCCUAGCGCGUCGCCGUGCUUCGGCCUCCGCCUGUGGGCCGUCUGUAGGUCUGUGGAUAAUCGUCGCCCCUUCUCGUAAAAAAGAAAACAUCCAAUAUGAUCUCAACAAGAAGUGACCGCAUGAGAACUAGACUCGCCCAACCGGUUGAUUACCAUAUGCAUGAAAAUAGAUUAGGUUACUUAUAGAGUAUACUUUUGUCGGUCCUCCUCGUGAGUUGUACCACUCUAAAACGAGAUUUGCGCAAAGGACCGUGGGACGCCUGCGCCGGGGAAGGUCAUUCCGGAAUCUAAGAUGCGUGGGCAAGUAAGUGACGUCUUUAAUGUGGUGAUGGCCGCCGACCCGCAAAAUUUUCAGUCUAUUCUUAAGGCUUAUUACUACCCUUAGUCCAUGCAGAGACACCCUGACUCCAGGAUGUACUUCUACUAUCUCAAGAAGAUGGAUAAGGCAUACUGACCAUCUUAAUACAUAGAUGCACGAUACAUUUACAUAUCUCAAGAUGGAUGAUCAUGAUGAUGAUGCAUAGAUGGACUAUCUCAAGAUGGGAGAAAAGACACCCACCUACAGGAUGUACUAUCUCCAAAUACUGCAUGAGAAUUUUAGAUAAAAAGCUCUAUCUCUAAUGAUAUUACCUAUUCUGUCACUAAAUAGAAGUGUAAUCUCAACUAGCUCUAUACAACCGAUGACUGAAUAUAUUCCCACUAUAGAAGUGUAAUCUCAACUAGCUCUAUACAGAAUAUGGUCAUCUGAGACGCGAUGUAUGUAUCUUCUAAUAUCCCCAUGCGGGAAGGACAAGUCGCAGAUGCUGGGUUCGCAGUCGGUACGGCCGUCAGAGACAAUUGCUGCGCAGGAACUCAGGCAGCCGGUGUGGAACAUGUACACGGACUUUUUGCCUCCUCUCAGAAGAAGGAUGAGGGAUGCUGUGGUCGCUAAAUUUCAUGUUGUGCCGUUGGUUCCUUCUCCUUCUCGUGUAGGAACAACAACUCGUGUGAUGGAUCUAAACUCGUGUAGUGAUAGAUCGAAAGUUUCGUGUGAUGGAACUUCGUAAGGAAGAGCACUAGAAAAUGUAUCAAUCUCUAGGUCCAUCAUCUGCCUUGGGUGAUCACGUAGCUUCUGCAAUUGACUUAUGUAUGAUUACGUAACUGCGAUGGACCUCUCAUCACGUAGGUGUGAUGUGGGAGGAUUUGUCCAGAAACAAUGAUGAGGAAAAAAGUCGUUAAAUGAGAAUUAAAUUGAGGACAAGGAUGAGCAUAACGCAUCAAAAAUUGAUAAUUAAUAUGGUUUACAAACAGUUCGAGUAUUCGAUAGUACUCAUCUUAACUAGAAAGAGAUGAAAAAGAACAUGAACAUAGAACAAGAUGUCCUUUUCGAGAACAAGAUGUACUUUGGUUUUCUUGCUUACACACUCACAGACAGACGCGUGAAUCCGUACAACGAUGAAUGAUCAUCUACAUUUGCAACGUACUACUAGCUGCCAUAGUUGUACUGUCUAGGUUACGGGA